GCUGCUUCUAUCCAUCCGGAAUGUGCAAUAUUUCAACAGGUGGUGAAAGAUAAGGCUCAAUGUUUGGACCAAAACCAAUCCCUACGAUUAGAUUUUAAAGGUUGUUCAGGAGAGUGGGAUGGACUGAGCUGCUGGCCUGAAGCUGAGUUUGGAGAAACAGUAACCCAACCAUGCCCAGGAUUUUUUGAACAAAUCACCAGCACUCAUGGGUUCCUGCACCGAAAUUGUACAUCAGGUGUUUACUGGUCAGAACCAUUUCCAUCCUACUCAGUGGCCUGUGGCUUUGAAGAAGGUUUAACAAGGGGACCAGAAGAUCAGAAAUCAUACUACUUGGCGUUCUGGUAUAUCUACACGGCUGGUUAUGCCAUAUCUUUAGUGUCUCUCAUUACUGCACUUCUCAUCUUUGCGUUCUUCAGGAAGUUUCACUGCACGAGGAAUUACAUCCACAUGCAUUUAUUCGCCUCCUUCAUCCUGCGGGCGGCUGCGGUGUUCACAAAAGAUGCCGUUCUGUUCUCAGACGACAGCAUGGACCACUGCCUGAUGUCAUCUGUUACCUGCAAAGCAACUUUAGCAUUUUUCCAGUUUAGCAUCCUGGCUAACUUCUUUUGGCUGUUAGUAGAAGCGCUACAUCUGCAGACCCUGUUGCUACUGGCCUUCAUACCUGACAAACUGUAUGCCAGGAGGUUCAUCCUGAUUGGUUGGGGAGCACCCAUAACUGUAACGUUGGUAUGGAUUCUGACUAGAAUCUAUAGACAGAACACUGGAUGUUGGGAUGAUGACGAAGAGAGCUUGGUGACGCUGUGGAUCAUCAAGGGACCCAUCCUGUUCACAGUCUUAAUGAAUUCUGUUAUCUUUCUCAAUGUGAUCCGAAUUUUGGUGCAAAAAUUAACCUCUUCAGAGACUAGUGGAAGGCAUUCAAGGCAAUUUGUGAGACUGGCGAAAUCUACCUUACUCCUCAUUCCACUCUUUGGAGUUCACUACAGUGUCUUUGCCUUUUUCCCAGAAAGCAUUGGGACAAUCGCUAGAUUGUAUGUCGAGCUGGGCUUGGGCUCUUUCCAGGGUUUUAUGGUCGCCCUCCUCUACUGUUUCUUAAAUGGAGAGGUCCAGGCUGAGUUCAAGAAACAGCUCCACAAGUGGUACUACCAACAUUACCUCAGCUUUGCUCAGAAGCACCCAAGUUUCUCCCAAGAUAACAGCCCAACUAAUUAUGUCACACAAUUAUCUCUGCUGGACAGAAUCAGUCCCCAAAGAAGCAACUGCAAUGACCUCUCUUCUGUUUGA